AUGAGACACCAUGUCACCUGCUUUCAUCUCCACAACAAGCUGGCAAACUACGAGUUAAAUGUACACUGGCAGGGAAAAAGACUGACGCACAACUUUGCCCCUAAGUACUUGGGAGUCACUUUAGAUCGUUCACUCACAUUUAAAGAACAUCUUACAAAAUUGGGUAGAAAACUGCAAACCAGGAACAACAUCCUCAAUAAACUUGCUAGUACUUCGUGGGGAGCGAAUGCAGACUGCCUGCGCACCUCAGCCCUGGCCCUCGUUUACUCUACUGCCGAUUACUGCUCACCGGUGUGGCUGGAAAGUGCGCACACGGACCGAGUCGACGUGGAACUCAACAAGUCGAUGAGAUGCAUUUCUGGCACCAUUCUUUCCACUCCAACUUACUGGCUCCCGGUCCUAUGUAACAUUGCUCCUGCCAGACUGAGACGGGAAGAGGCCCUUUUAAGGGAAACCCAAAAACUUAUAACUACAGUGGUCCUCCCCGGGCGUCAAGAGUUCCUUAACCCCUAUUAUCAUCGACUCAAAUCACGUCACCCACCUUGUAAGCUGGCUAAGACUCUAACAGAAUCCAGACUCAGCCUUAAAGAAAAGUGGUCUUCUGACUGGCAGUCAAAGACAGACCUAUCUGUUAGUAGCCUUAUCUCACCCGGUGUGAAAGUGAAGGGGUUCAGUCUCCCGCGACAUGAAUGGUGCAAGCUGAAUAGAAUGCGGACAGGGUUCGGCCGUACCGCACAUUUUAAACAUCUUUGUGGAUGGAUCGACUCGCCCAGAUGCGACUGUGGCGCCGAGUCGCAGACUGUCCAACACAUAGUCCAGGAGUGCCCCCUCAGAGCCUACCCCGGAAGCCCCGAUGACCUGUUCUCACUUACCCCUGACGCAGCCCAAUGGCUGAGAACCUUGGAUAUAAACCUGUGA